GCGCCACCACCUAUAAGUACGCUCAAAUUUCUCAGCGCAGAGCAAAACCACUUCACUUCAGCAACCAAAACAUCCAUCACUUCGGCGGCCAAAGAACAGAGGCAUAAGCUCCUUGUCGGAUUGUGAAUCGAGCAGAGCAUGAAGAUGUGUCCGAUCAAGGAGGAGAUGAGCGGGGACUCGGGGUCGCCGCGCAGUGUGGACUGCAACUCGCCCUCGACGUCCUCGGACCAGCAGACGCAGCUGGCGGCCUGGACGAAGCGGCCGGCGGGGCGGACCAAGUUCAGGGAGACGCGGCACCCGGUGUACCGCGGCGUGCGGCGCAGGGGCAAUGCCGGGCGCUGGGUGUGCGAGGUGCGCGUCCCCGGCAGGCAAGGGAGCAGGCUCUGGGUCGGCACCUUCGACACCGCCGAGAUCGCCGCGCGCGCUCACGACGCCGCCAUGCUCGCCCUGGCCGGCGCCGGGGCCGCCCGCCUCAACUUCGCCGACUCCGCCGAGCUGCUCGCCGUGCCGGCCUCCUACGCCAGCCUCGAGGAGGUGCGCCGGGCAGUCACGGAGACCGUCGAGGGCUUCGAGCGGCGCCAGGCGCUGGGCGAGGAGGACGCUCUGUCCGGCACUUCCCCGUCGACGCCCUCCUCUCCCGUCACCGACGACGAGCAGUCGUCCUCGCGGGCCGACAACUCGCCGUUCGAGCUGGACGUGGUGAGCGACAUGGGCUGGGACCUGUACUACGCGAGCUUGGCGCAGGGGAUGCUGAUGGAGUUGCCGCCUUCCUUGGCCGCGGCUGCCGCUCUCAGCGACUGCGGCGAGGCCAGCUUCGCCGAUGUAUCGCUCUGGAGCUACCAGAGCUAGCUCGCCGUGGCAGUGCUAGGUGUAGUUUGAAUUUCGCUUUUUUCUUGUCUUGGCUUCCGACGUCGAAAGCUUGGCGCUGUACGGUCGCUGCUUGUAGUUUCUGGUAAUGUGAUCCUGCAGAUUGGGGAAACAGAGCAUUGCUUUUGACUA